AUGCUUAAAGGGGUAAAGAGUAAAUUCACUACACCUUUGAACCAGGUUAUCCUACUUGGCUUCAUUUGUCUCUGCUGUCCAGGAAUGUUCAAUGCUUUGUCAGGUCUUGGUGCAGGUGGUUCAAUGAGCUCAAACGUUUCCUUGGUCGAUUCCUCAAAUGGUGCACUCUAUGGCUGUUUUGCUAUCGUUGGUUUCUUUGCUGGCUCAGUUACUAACACUAUUGGUGUAAAAGCCACCUUGACUAUCGGCUCGAUCGGAUACGCACUCUACUCGGCAGCAUUUUGGGUCUAUGAUGCAAAACAGAUCUCCGGAUUUGUCAUUGCAGCAGGAGCAAUACUUGGCUGUUGUGCCGGUGUAUUCUGGUCUGCCCAGGGUGCUAUAAUGAUGUCUUAUCCCGAAGAAAAAAACAAGGGCAAAUACGUUGCUGUCUUUUGGGCCUUGUUCAAUUUCGGUGGCAUUCUUGGCUCAGUCAUUGCCCUCGGAUUGAAUCUCAAAAACCAGGCAGGCGGCGUAUCUACAGGAACCUACACCGCUUUCGUUGUCGUCAUGUUGAUCGGCGUCGUCGUCUCUCUUGGCCUGGCUAAUCCAGCCAAUGUCGUCCGCCCAGACGGAACCAAGAUCGCCAUAGCCAAAUCGGCCCACUGGACCAGCGAACUAAAAGGUGCACUGAUGAUCUGGAAAGAGUGGCGCAUGAUGGCCCUGAUUCCUGCUUUCUUGGCCUCAAACUGGUUCUAUGCCUACCAGUUCCGCAUCAAUGCCAUCUACUUUGAUCCCUCUACGCGUGCACUCAACGACCUGAUGUACUGGGCCUUUCAGAUCGUCGGCUCAAUCCUCCUCGGCUUCUUGCUCGACUGCCAAGCAAUGAGUCGCAGAGGACGCGGACUUGUUGGUCUGGCCAUCAUAUUUGCAAUCGUCAUGGCCGUUUGGGCCGGCGGAUUUGCCUUCCAGCUCACGUUUGACAACGACUUUAGCACACCCAUUCAUUGGGAUCAUCCCAAUUUCGGCGGUCCGUUCGUUCUCUUUUUACUCUACGGUCUUUCUGAUUCACUCUAUCAGUCCUACAUGUACUGGCUCAUGGGUGCCAUGUCUAACGAUCCAAACCUACUGGCUCGCUACGCCGGCUUUUACAAGGCUGUCCAGUCUGCAGGGGCUGCUAUUGCCUUUGGUAUCGAUGCAGUCGAUAUCCCUUUACGCUGGGAAUGUCUCAUCUGCUGGAUGCUUGUGUUUGUCUCGUUCCCCCUCAUUCUCUUGGUUGCCAACAAGGUCACCGAGACAAACAAAAGCAAAAUCAAUCAGUCAGUCAAUUAA